UGCUGCGUUCUAUUUAUUGUAAUUUGUUUCUGCAUACUACAACUAACAAGUGAUAUAAAAAUGACUGAUAUUCAAAGUGCAUUUAAAAAGCACUGUAUAGUGCCUGAUAUAUUGACAACAGCUCCAUCUGAACUAUUAGAUAUUCAGUAUCGUGGUAAUAUUAUUGUCGACUUAGGAAAAGAAUUAACUCCUACGCAAGUCAAGGAUAAACCUACGGUAAAAUGGGCAACCAAAGAUACCGAAUAUUACACUUUAGCUUUAGUGGACCCUGAUGCUCCAAGUCGCGAAAAUCCAAAGUUUCGAGAAUGGCAUCAUUGGCUUAUUGGAAAUGUUUAUGGUGGAGAUAUUAAUAAAGGUGAAGUUCUUUCUGAUUACAUUGGAUCUGGACCACCUAAAGGAACUGGUUUACAUCGCUAUGUAUUUUUAGUUUACAAGCAACCCGAAAAAUGUGACUUUUCGAAAGUAAAAAAACUCCCUAAUAAUUCAGGAUCGAAUAGGGGAAAAUUUUCGAUUUCCAAAUUUGCUCAACAAUUCAAAUUAGGUCCGCCUAUAGCUGGUAACUUUUUCGUGGCAAAAUAUGACGAUUACGUACCAAAGUUAUAUGCACAAUUAAAAGAUUAAACUAUUUAUUAUAAAAUAAUUUAUAAAAAAUAAACCGAUAAUUUUAUUUCAAUAAAGUAUAUGGCAAGCUUUAUUCGAAAAACAAACCAUGUUUGUUUAUGGUCUCGAUCGAUAAUUAUUUCCGCCUCCGCGUGACAAUCUCAUUUUUUGGUCCAGUCGCCAUAUCAUCCGCCAUUACAUUUUGGAGUUUGCGUAAAUUGGUCGUUGCAUUGUCAGCGCGUCUAACCACAAAGACUUAUCAGUGACAUUUAUAGUGUUCGUGCGUCGUAUCGCAGCGUUUCGUUACAACAAAGAG